AUGAGGGCCCAGAGACUCUUCCUCCUGGUUGCCCUCCUGGCUUUGGGGAGCCAGCUGCCUGCUGCCUCAGGCCGGAGGAAGGGAGAGAAAUCAGGGGGCUGCCCACCAGACGACGGGCCCUGCCUAUCAGUGCCUGACCAGUGUAUGGAUGACAGCCAGUGUCCCUUCCGCAAGAAGUGCUGCUACCGAGCUUGCUUCCGCCAGUGCCUCCCCAGGGUCUUUGUCAAGCAGGGUCGCUGCCCCAAGGACCGCCUGUACUGCCUGAGCCCCACGCAGCACCUGUGCCAUAAGGACUCGGACUGCUCAGGCCCCAAGCGGUGCUGCCACGCAGCCUGCGGCCGGGACUGCCGAGACCCCGCCAGAGGUAUGGCUCCUGUGUGCAUGGGGUAGGCUAAUUCUGGUUCAGGAUCCAUGGCUCUGAACCUCAGGGUGGGGUUCCCAGGAAGAACAGGUGACAGCGGAGAGCCUGGGACCCUGAUGCCCAGGCAGCACCAUGUCUGCCAGCAGAAGCUCCAACCCUCUGAUCAAACACCGAUCUGA